AUGGUACCGAAACUAGAAGCCAUCAAAGGUGGUGGGGGAUCCAUUAAGGUUGGAGCUACUGGAACAAUCAGUGCCCUCAUGACAAGGGAGCUUGAGUCCGCCAAAUCUUCUCCGCAAACAUCAAGUCCUCGAGCUCUUAAGCUUCGAACCGCUUCUGUUUCAGUUCCAUGCAGUGUUAGCACCACUCCUAGAAGGCUACAGGCAAAAAAGCCUAUGGAUGAAGCAAGUACCAGUGGCAGCAGAACCCCUGAGACAUUGAGGAAGGCUAAACAACAAGCGAAAGGAAGCCAUCGAGUGCCGAUGCUUGGCUCAGAUAAUUUGACUCUGGAGAGAACUCCUGUUAGAGAGAAGAGGAGCAAUAAGAAGGUGAUUAACCUAGUUGAAGUUGUGGACAUCAAAUGUGGUAGCCCUGAUGGAACAUGGGCGACCCCUCUAACAAGCAAACUCAAGAAGCUUGGUUUCUCAAAGCUAUCCGAGAGUGUCGCCUAG